AUGUCUACCGAACCUGAUUACUCCCUUUCCAACUCCGACGUUGUCACCAAGUACAAGACUGCCGGAGACAUUUCCGCCAAAGUUCUUGCCAAUAUCAAGGCAUUGGCUGUCGAGGGAGCCAAGAUCAUUGAUCUUACCACCGAGGGAGACCGUCAAUUGCUUGAGGAGACCAGCAAGAUUUACAAGGGCAAGAAGGACAUUAUCAAGGGUAUUGCUUUCCCCACCUCUGUUUCUCCCAACAAUGUUGUUGCUCAUUUGUCUCCCUUGCCUACUGAUAAAGAGGCCGAGAUCACUUUAAAGGCUGGAGACGUUGUCAAGAUCACUCUUGGUGCUCAAGUCGACGGAUUCGCAUCAAUUGUCGGUGAUACUGUUGUUGUUGGUGGUGGUGAGGUUUCUGGCCCCGUUGCCGAUGCUAUUGCCGCUGCUUGGUACGCUACCGAGGCUGCUAUUCGUACUAUCAAGCCAGGUAACAAGAACUGGGAUGUUACUAAGAUCGUUGACAAGGUGACCAGCGAGUACGGUGUUAAGGCUCUUGAAGGUAUGCUUUCUAAUGAGCAAUCCAGAAACGUUGUUGAUGGUAAGAAGAGAAUCAUCCUCAACCCCUCUGAGUCUCAACGUAGAGAGUUCGAGACCUUUACUUUCGAAGAGGGUGAGGUCUACGGAGUUGAUAUUCUUGUUUCCACUGGUGACGGUAAAUCUCGUGCUGACGAGACCCCUACUACCGUUUAUAAGAAGGCCGAUAUCACCUAUCAAUUGAAGUUGAGAACAUCUCGUGCCACAUUCUCCGAGGUUCAAAAGAAGGCCGGUUCGUUCCCAUUCUCCCUUCGUUCGCUUGACGAUGCUAAAAAGGCCCGUAUGGGUUUGCAAGAGUGUCAAAACCACGGACUCAUCAUACCCUACGAGGUGUUCUACGAGAAGGAGGGACAAACCGUGGUCCAAUUCUUCACCACCAUCGCCCUCACUAAGACCGGUACCAUCAAAUUCGCCGGCCCCGUGACCCCUGACUUCGCUAAAAUCAAGACCGACAAGAAAGUCACCGACGAGUCUGUCCUCGACGUCCUAUCCAAGCCCCUCAAGGCCAGCAAGAAGAACAAGAAGAAGGCUGCCGACGCUGCUGCCGCUCCUGCUUCUGCCUAA